AUGCUCCCGACCGGAGCAGUUUUAGCCAUAGAACUACCAGGGCGAGACCUGUCUACAUUCUGCCUACGCCAUGGGCAACCAGGCCGGAUCAAGGCCAUACUCGCUCUGGAUCCGUUGCCUGCACGCAAGCUAGACAAGGGCGGCUGUUCCGUGUUGUGGCAUGCGGCGUCUGCGGAUACGCAAACUGAUGAUCCGGCCUCUCAGUAUCGAGUUUGCCAUCGAGACGGCGUGCAAGUAGGAGACUCUGAUGCUCUCAAGGUGCUGCUGCGAUUCGGGGCCAGGGUUGAUGUAAAAGCGCCUGGAUUCGGCCUCACCCCUGCACAUCUGGCGGCCAUGUUUGGACACCACGAGUGCCUUGAGCGCGCCAUCCGUCAUGCUUAUGAUGCUGUAGGCAAAGGCCUGGAAGGUAGAAAGAUGUGCUGCACGCCGUUGCACCGCGGCGUGGUCAAUGGGCGUACCAAGUACGUCGAGUUGCCGCUCGAGGCUGGCGUCGACGUGUCGCGCCCCUGUGAGUGCGGCGCACUCGACCAAGAAGCCUGA